UCGAACGUGCUGCUAAGAACAAAGCCCCGACCAGCCUCUUUGUCCGCUGCCUGUUCUUUGGCCCCUUUAUUUAAAAAAAAAAGGCUUGGAGGCGGUGCGGUGACAGCGCGCGGGAGGGAAGGCAACGCAGAAGCGGCUUGCAGGUCGCAUGGGGGGGUUAGAGUUGCGUGUGAAUGGGGUUGUGGCGGCGCUCGAGGUGGAUUCGGGAACCCGUGAGGUCGGGCUGAACUCCCGAGGUUUUGAGCGUGCGGGUUAAAACUGGAUGAAGAUUAAUAACCACGCGUUUUUUAACUGCUCGGUCCGAAAAGCAUGCUUACUUUCUUCCAAUGAAAAGAAAUGUGGAUUGCCUGCAGUCAGCCCGCUUCUCCUCUCACGAAGUGGCUUCCCGCGAAAUGCUGUGAUCUCCAGGAUCAGCGGUCCUUUCCGAGGCAUUAGCAGCCCAAACAGCGAAGAGUCUUGUUUUUGCUGCAACCGUUUUGGGUUAGUUGCUUACAACAACGUCAAGUGUUGGGGGAACCUAAGAUUACCAUGGUUUAAUUCGGCAUAAGGUUUGGCUGACUGGACUCCGCUUCUUGCCUCGGAAGAAGAGAGGCACAGCCCACCAAAUGUUAUGCCAAAUAAAGCUUGUCAGCAAUUCAGGCGACACACGAGGCAAUUGGAAGUGUUAAGUCCCGUUGAACACAACUGGCCUUGUUUCUAGAGAAGUGUGAAAAGAAUGGUGCCUCCCCUCUCCCGUGGAUGUGCGCUGGGUUUGGCAAACUGCUUUAUGCACAUUGGGUGAGACAGUGGAGAAGGUCACAAAGGCCUUGGUUCUUUCCAAAAGUACUAGCCCAGUGUAUUGAAUUUCAUCCUUGCAGUAACCAGGUUAUGGUCACAAGAUCUUUCUGCUUCUAAGACAAGGGACUAAAGUCAUUUCUCAAAUAACAGAGGGAUCCUGCCAAGCAAAUGGGACGGCAAAGCAGUGGAUGCUUUUUAAACUGGAGAUGAAUUCUUGAGCAGUGUAAAUGCUCACUUGGCCUCCUUCAAGGCUUUGCCCUUGAAGAUAGUGGGGCUUUACCGUGGAGUUUGCUUAGAUGAUUCCCAGAAAAUAUGGAGUUGUCAAAUGAAGAUAUAACUUUUAUUACAGAAGAAACCCUGGAAUUUGGUCUUUUGGUUCCUUUGGAUGGACAAGAAGAGGAGGACUCUGCCAUCUCCACUGUGGAGCCGGGUGAGAGGUGUGUGGCACAAGCAAUUGACAUGAACAUCUUGCUGGGAGAGAGUGAGAGCAAAGGCAGAGAGCAGCCCUCCCAGUGGAGUCCCCUCAGUCCUGAAAAACUGGAGGAGGUCAGGAAGGAAGCCAACAUGUUGGCUGAGCAAUUGGAGAGGUGUAGGCUGCUGGAGAAGGAGAAUGGCAGCCAUGAGACGAGGCUUCCCGUGGUGCCAGAACUUGCACUGUUGCCACCAACUGGAUGUUUGCAUGGCGGAAGGCCAAGUCCCAGGAACCCAAGACGGAAGACAUUCAAUGUGAACAACAGCCCCCUAAAAGCACUGCUGCCAACAGUGGGCCCUGAAACCAGCUUGGCUUAUGUUUCCCCCAAAGCAAGAUUUCCCAAGGGGAGAAGCCCUUCUUCCUGCAUUGUAGACGUGCCUAGUCCCAAAAGACUCCAGAGUAAAUCUCAGGUCUUCAAUGCUGAUAGUCAGCUGGCUAAGAAAGCUGGGCCCAGUCGGUUAUUCAAGGCUUCAACUGCAACGAAAUCCGGCACCAGGAAGCCUCAGGCCCCCAACAGGAACAGCAAGAAGGAGAUGGCCCCUCGAGUCACCAUUUCCAGUGCCACACAUGCUCAGGAGUCCCUCCAGCACUUGAAGCCUUUCCCUCAAAUCACUAAUAGGAGACCUUUGGGGAAAUCAAAGGGCGCUUCUACCAGCAACCUUUCUGCUGAAAAUGCACAGGAUCCAUCCAACAAAGGCAGAAAACUGGUCACAGAUGUGGAGGCAAAACCAAGACCCAGCCCAGUGAAGAAGUGCCUUGCUUUUCCAAAGAAGGUGGUGUCUCCUCACAAGGCAGAGCAAAGUGGGUUUAAAGUUAUGGGAAGCGAUGGCUGUCCACUGCAAGCUUUCUCUAAGCCUUGCGGCACCACUAACCAGAUUCAAACCAGGUGCAUGGCCACAUCUGGCCUUGCAAGCCAGCUCCCAGUACCAAGGGCAACUGGUCGUGGGGUCACUUCAGGCAGGCAGGCAGUUCCAGGAAGGCCCAGUCAGCUCAAGAGUUUGGGAAUGCCUGGCAGACAGGGAUCUGCUGUGCCAACUGGGAAGAAAGCUUCCACAUUUCAGCAGACGGUCCCUUGUGGUACUCCUCAAAAAAGUAGGUUGCGGUUACCAAAGAAGACAGUCUCUGUUAAUUCAAAGUAACCAUUCCAUUCAUUGUGUGGCUGGGAACGUGUGACCAUCCCAGACUCCUUCCACAUGAAGAUGAAGUUGGGCUACCCAUUCACUUUGGAUUUGCAUCUCUUGGAGGAAACUUUGGUUACUACUUAACAGAACAAUUUGAAAAGGCUGCUUAUCCAUAAUUUUCACUGUGGAUCUCAUUGAUUCUGAUCAUAUCCUGAGUUCAUGCCAUCUCAGCAGAUCUGGGGGGACAGGUGUAUUUUGUAUUGUGACCUUUGAUUUUUUUAAAAUUACAUUCCCAUACCUGUGUUUGGUAUGUCAAAUGUGGAUUAGCCAAGAAUUUUCUAACUGGAAGAACCUUGAUUUCUUUCUACCCUAGUGCAUGGUCUCAUUAUUUUUGGUGAGUUGAUUCUGAUUUUCUUACAGUAGAUAUGCAGUCUUUGUCCCUCCACCUGAUUUGGCCAACUAUCAUCUGCCCUAUUCAACAUGACUCAUGGGAAGAGACUGUGGGGAUUGUAGUACAUAACAUCUGGAAGGCAAAAGGUUCCACACUCAUCUUACAAGCAAAGACAGCCUUCUCCAACCUGCUGCCUUGCAGACAAGACCUCUCAGACAUCUCCAGCCAACAUAAUCCAAUGGAUAGGAAGGCUAGCCUAAAAGAUUGUUAGAUCAAAACAGUGUUAUUGCACAUGAACACAAUAUUUUGCCUCCAGCAAGGCAUACUGUUACAGCAUGCAGAUAUCUGUAAGUAUUAUAUGUGAAAGCAUAUUAUUGUUAAGCAAUAUAUAUGUAAUACUUUCGAUUUCCAUGUUAAAAGGAAACACUAAUUUACAAAAAACUAAUAGUUACAUUUGAACAAGAAAAUGAUUAUUUC